GUGGCCGUGGUGCCGGCGGAGGCGCGGGCGGCGGGGCCGGGACUCCGGCUUUGACACGGACUGCGAGCGGGAGCCGCGGCGCGGGUGCUGGGCACUGGUUUGCGGUUCAGGCGGAUCCUGGGUCCGAGUCGAGCGCGGGACUUUUUGCCUGGAUCAACGCAACUGCCGCGACGCCGCAAGUCCUAGUGAAGCCGCAAGACUUGGUGCAGCUGCGGCGGUCGGAUUUCGCCGCCGUUGCCGCCGCCCUGCAGCCCCGCGGCUCCUGCCGGCUCUGGGAGAACGACUCUGCGAGUUUCUCCCGCAGAAAGAGCCGGGACGCGCGGCCCAAGGCGGCGUGCGAGGGAUCCCGUGGCCCAGCCCCUGACCCGCACCCGCGCGGGCACCAGAGCUGGAGGCAGGGGCCCAGCGCUGUCCGGGGCUGGGCUCCGACUUCGGAGCCGCAGGUGGAAGAAGGACGCCCCCGGGGAGCGGCCGAGAGGUGGCCAAGUGGAAGGUACUUUUGGACGCUCUGGGCAUGGAGAUUGAGUGUUUGUGAUAGGUAACCAGUCAGCCCCUGAAUCCGGCACCUUGCCUUCGUGCCUGUGAGGUCUACUGGGCUUCCUCCCCAGCCAAAGAGUUCUUCUGCGGUGGUGAGGCCUUCCUGAGCCCCUGAUCCUGGCAGGUCAUGGGGAGCACCCUGGGCUGUCACCGCUCUAUCCCCCGGGACCCUUCGGACCUGUCCCAUAGUCGCAAGUUCAGUGCGGCUUGCAACUUCAGCAACAUUCUGGUGAAUCAGGAGCGGCUGAACAUCAACACUGCCACGGAGGAGGAGCUGAUGACCCUGCCUGGGGUGACACGUGCGGUGGCACGCAGCAUCGUGGAGUACCGCGAGUACAUCGGUGGCUUCAAGAAGGUGGAGGACCUGGCACUUGUCAGCGGGGUGGGUGCUACCAAGCUGGAGCAGGUCAAGUUCGAGAUCUGCGUGAGCAGCAAGGGCAGCUCUGCGCAGCACUCUCCCAGCUCCCUGAGGCGGGACCUGCUGGCGGAGCAGCAGCCUCACCACCUGGCCACCGCCGUGCCCCUCACUCCGCGUGUCAACAUCAACACCGCCACCCCAGCUCAGCUCAUGAGCGUCCGAGGCCUCACGGAGAAGAUGGCUGUCAGCAUCGUGGACUACCGCCGCGAGCAUGGGCCCUUUCGCAGCGUCGAGGACCUGGUGAGGAUGGGUGGUAUCAAUGCCGCCUUUCUGGACCGGAUACGGCACCAGGUGUUUGCCGAGAGGUCCAGGCCUCCGUCUACGCACACCAACGGGGGCCUGACCUUCACCGCCAAGCCCCACCCCAGCCCCACCUCGCUGAGCCUGCAGAGUGAGGAUCUGGACCUGCCGCCCGGGGGGCCCACGCAGAUUAUCUCCACUCGACCUUCGGUGGAGGCUUUUGGAGGCACAAGGGAUGGGCGGCCUGUGCUGAGGCUGGCCACCUGGAACUUGCAGGGCUGUUCCUUGGAGAAAGCCAACAACCCCGGGGUGCGAGAGGUGGUGUGCAUGACACUUCUGGAAAACAGCAUCAAGCUUCUAGCUGUGCAAGAACUACUUGACAGAGAGGCCCUGGAAAAGUUCUGUGCGGAGCUAAACCAGCCAGUCCUGCCCAACAUCCGCAAGUGGAAGGGGCCCCGGGGAGCCUGGAAGACCGUCGUCGCCGACUCGCCCUCGACUCCGCUCCAGAAGGGGGCUGGGUUUUCGGGAUUCCUGUGGGACACCUCCACCGGGGUGGAGCUGAGAGACGCCGCCUCACUGGACAGGUCACCUGGCAACGGGCAUGGGAAGCCCACAGGUCCCAGCCCGUACCUCGCACGAUUCAAGGUCGGAAGUACUGACUUGACCCUCGUGAACCUGCACCUCGCAACCCUGAGCCUCCCUGGGGGUGAGAACCCAAGCAAGAAUCACGGUGACAGCCACCGUCUGGCCAGCUUCGCACAGACCUUACAGGAAACCCUGAAAGGAGAAAAAGACGUGAUUGUUUUAGGGGAUUUUGGCCAGGGGCCAGACAGCAGUGACCACGACAUCCUGAGGAAAGAAAAAUUCCAUCCCCUGAUUCCCGCCCAUACCUUCACCAACAUCAGCACCAAGAACCCACAAGGCUCUAAGUCUCUGGACAACGUGUGGAUCAGUAAAAGCUUAAAGAAGGUUUUCACAGGUCACUGCGCCGUGGUGCGGGAAGGCCUCACGAACCCCUGGAUUCCAGAUAACUGGUCCUGGGGCGGGGUGGCGUCGGAGCACUGCCCCGUGCUGGCCGAGUUUUACGCGGAGAAGGACUGCGCCAAGAGGGACGGCCCUCGGAGCGGCGGCGGGGUGGCCGUGGAGCGGGGGGACGCCGGCGUCAAGCACGAGCGGUGACGGCCCCCGGGGCCCCGCA